UUUAAAGCCCAAAUAGAAUUUUCUAUUUUUCCGCAAUGCGUGUAGAGUAGCACACUUUGCCAAACUUAUUUAGAACGAGCACUUUUGAGCUUUUCGUCCCUCAAGAGUAGUGUACCAAAGGGCGGAUGACGUAGAAUGUUUUCCACCUUCCUAUUGGCUGUUAGUGUCUUGGUGUUCAUAUGCAUGCCUAUUGCUAGUUGUGGUGUAGUGGACGAUCAGGCUUGCGCAAGACAUAUGCAUCGGGAAUGCAAAUGCAACAUUGACUUUUAUAAAUUCGACAACAAAAAAGCCACAGAAAAAUUCUGCAAGAAUUUACAGUCCUGUGCUAAUUGCAUGGCUACACCAAGAUGCCAGUCCAAUUAUAUUGAUCAAUUCCGAGAGCUCCUGCGAACCACACUCGUCAUGAGCCAAACGACAAAGAUUUGCCCAAAUAUUAACUAUGAUAACUUCGAUCAAGGUUCGCAGAAAUCCUGUAAAGGAAAGGGAACAGUCUACGAUCAUUGUGGACGUCGAUGCGAUUGCAAUGCGGGAUUUUACACCAAUUGUUUUCGGGUUCGCAAGGAGUUCACCCAAAUGAGCUUUGAGGAACGUCGUCGGUUCGUUAAUGUAUAUUACAAAGCAACAACAGACCCAUUCCUCAGAGACGACUUCCAAAAGAUAUUGUUUUCCCACUCAGAAUUACCUUCCGAUUUUCUACACCACAUGCCGCAGAUAUUCUUUCCUUGGCAUCGAUGGUUUUUGCUACAAGCCGAGAACUUUCUUCAACAAAUUGAUUGCCGAGUUACUAUACCUUACUACCAAUGGACUGCAGCAGGAAAGAACGUCUGGAGAAGUACUAAUCCAAAAGAUGUGUGGAGUGGAGGUCCGCAAGGACUUGGGGGCAACGGUGUUCCACCGUCUUACUGCGUCCAGGAUGGAAAGUUUAGGGAAGGGAAUUGGCAUUUGCCAGUUAGCAAAGGUAGAGGAUGCUUGAAGCGAAAUUUCGACAAAAAGUGCCCCUUGUACACCGAGAAAAAACUCCAAAAGCUAUUGCGUUCAAAAACCUUUAAGCACUUUGAAGAAACUGUCCGAGAAGAGCUUCAUAGCGCAUUCCACGACUGCAUCGGAGGUGACAUGCCUGACAAUAGAAAAUCUGGUCACACUCCCGAAGUCCUGCUUCAUCACGCCUUCAUGGACAAGAUAUGGGACCAGUGGCAGAGCAAGAGUGACUGGCAUAGGUACCAGUAUUUUACGUCACUAAACUUCCGAAUGCCAGUUGCUGAUCUGUAUCCAUGGCAAGUACUUGACAGCCCUAACCUGCCUGGUGAAGUCGGUGUUGCGUACCAGAAAUUUAGAAAAACUAAAGCCGGUGAUGCCGGUGAUGCCGGUGAUGCCAGAGAUAAAGAAUUUUGGGUUGAACCGAUUACUGGCGAAGAUGAAGCGACAGUUGAAGAUGAAUCAAUUUUGAAGUAGAAGUACUUCCAGACGAAGAAGAUAAAUAGAUGAUGGAAAUGAGGAGCUAGUUUAUUUAAAUUUUUAGCAAAAGUAAAGCUUUAAUGUCAAGGCUAACACGUACUUCUAAAGGGGCGCUAAUAUAAGACAGAAGGAAGAUAAGCGUGUGCACUCUGUUGGUGGUUAAGAGUACGGGGCACUGUAUCCCGGCGUAAUCAAUCGAACGAAAUCGAACGCUCGAUUGGCAAAUCCAAUCGAAUGCAAUCGAAUCCAAUUGAAUCGAAUGAAGUCGAAUUCACAAAAACAAAUUUGAGCCAAUCGAACACAAUUGAACAUUCGUUUGAUGACGUUCGAUCGUACAUUCGAUUAAGUUCGAUUGGAAUCGAACUCAAUCGAAUUCGCACAUUUUUUAAUCGAUUGAUUUCGUUCGCGGAUUGCCGAAUGAAAUCGAAUCCAAGCAUGUGAUUGCGUUCGAUUGAAUUCGAUUUCCGAAUCAUUCGAUUGAUUACGCCGGGCUGCAAGUGAGCACAGCUAAUCAGUUUUGAAGUUAAUUCAGGGGUGGUCUCGGGUCGAGUGCCUUUGUACAAGGUUUAGACGACUUGGGCACUAAGCAUCCGAGCACUAUAUGUCAAUAAAAAAUAAUAUAAAUAAUAAUAACUUUAAUCUUUUUUAAUAUUUAAAGUAAGUAUUGAACUUGGAUAACGUAUAUAAUACAAAGAUGAAAAAUGAUAAUAAAACAAGGCUAUUAAACGAUUUUAUAGAAAUAAUUAUCGAAUUUUCGCAACAUACAGACAAAAACCCAGCUCCAAAAACCGAGAUUGUGAUCAGUCUGUGGCUGAGUGCGGUACAUUAGAAAUUUAAUUUAAAAACUAUUAAUAAAAAACAACCUCGGUGUCUAGCUCAGGUUCAUUAAGCUCAUGAUCAGUAGUCAUAAAACCAAUUCUAUUCAAUUAUUAAGGGAAAAACGAAAAUUGCUGUAAUUCGUGAUGAAAUUGGCAAACACAUCCCAGACCCAUAAGCGAUCAAUACAAACAAGUGAGUUAAAAAAAUAAUUUACCAAUGAAUUUUUAGUUCAUAAUUUAUGAUAUAUCGUUCAUAAACUCCACACAUUUACUGUAAUUCGAUAGACACUUAUUAGAUUGAGCUUGGGCUGCCUGUGAUGUAACCAGUGUUUUAAUUAAAUGGUUUAGACGUUUGAUGUAUAUCAGACAGGCCAACAAAUCGAAACA